CCCCAAAGGAUCCCCCUCCACCUCUAAUUUCAAUCUUUCAUUCAACUCAUUUGUCCUCUUUUCCCGACCAGUGCAAAGAUACCUCAAUCUUCACCCCUCGAAUAUAUACUCGCUGUCGCUGUUAGCUUAUUACUACUUUAGAGAACCACAUCAACAUCGCGCAUCCCUUGCGCUAAUUGAUUCGCGAGGCAUAAACUGGCAAGAGACGGUGCGAACGCUGGAUGUACGCGAUCUGCGCCCAAAACAACGCGCUCCUAUUCUCUUGUUUACACCAUCCUACGCCUCCCACCUUUCGUCAUCAACCUUUUAACAAAGGGCCUAACUCUAACGCGUUGUCGCAUCGAGUAGAACGAAUCUAGCUGCUUUAAUGCCAUAAUCAUUGGGCACUUACCUUUCAUUGCUCUUUGCUCUUUCACUCUUUCGCUGCUACAUCGCUUCAACUUGCUUUCCUAAACUGUCUCAUCGUCGCUGUCGCGAUGUUCUAUUCCGAGACAUUGCUGCAGAAGACAGGGCCUCUGGCUCGAGUCUGGCUGUCAGCAAAUUUAGAGCGCAAGCUCUCGAAGACACACAUUCUUCAGUCUAAUCUACCCGACAGUGUCGAUGCCAUCAUUACUCCAAACCAAGCGCCCAUGGCGCUCCGACUAAGCGGUCAACUCUUGCUUGGUGUCGUCAGAAUCUAUAGUCGAAAAGCUCGGUACCUAUUAGAUGAUUGUAAUGAAGCUUUGCUCAAGAUUAAGAUGGCCUUUCGCUCCACUGGAAACAAUGAUAUCCCCGAGAAUUUGAACAUGCCAAACCGGGAAGCAUUGAUGCUUCCUGAUCGUAUCACGCCUGCCGAUAACUUGAAUAUCUUACCGCCGCCCGAUGCUAACUGGUUACUUGGCCAAAUGGAGGAUGUGAGCGCUACCCCUGUUAGCUCAGGCACUCGGGGCCGGGGUCGACCAAGCAACCGCGAUAUCAACCUGCAAGAAGACUUCAACAACAGCCAGUUCUUGUACGACGACAAGAUGGACGAGGACAACGUUGCGCUUGCUCCUAAUGACGACCUGGAACUAGAUUUGGAUUUUGGAAUGGAUAUCGAUGAGCGACCUCGAGGAGAUAAGAGCAUCGAAAUGGGUCGAGACGCGCCAGCUGCUAGAGCUGUCGAGGAUGAUAUUUUCAGUGAGCUGGAUAUAGCGCCACCGGCCAAGGGUCUGGAUCGCGAGCCAUCAUUGAAUCUUGACUUCGGAGACGACAAUGUCAGAAUUGCGGACGGGGACGGCGACAUUCAGAUGGAUGAUGAUUUCCAAUUUAAUAUUGGUGAUCAGUCGGCGGUGCCUGAGAUGGGCGGUGCCCCUGGUCUCGAACGAGCCCGCAUCUCAGAAUCACCCCUUUCGGAUAUUGACGAGAACGUAGCACGAGAUGUGGAAGAGUGGACGCGUCUAAACAACACUAGUAUUUACGAACCGGGCCAAGAGCCCGAGGAGCCCGAGCCCCUCCCUCAGAAGAAGUCGAAGAAGCGCAAGGUCUUUGGCUUAGACCCUGCCACUCAGCUCACCAGCGCGCAUAUCAAGGAGCAGCAACAGAAUCACGAAAACAUUCUUAAGGCACCCACAUUCAUCUCACGAGAUCCGUACUUCCUGGCUUUAGUCGAGCUAAAGAACAGCGGCAGCUUCGUUUCGAGCAUCAUGGGCGAUGGCCGUAGUAAAGCUUGGGCCCCGGAGCUAAGAGGAUUGCUAUCGAUUGAUUCUAUCAGACCAGUUAACGACCUUAAGCGCAAGCGUGAUAGCGGGAUUGCUGACGUUGGUGAGGAAGAGGAACAGGGUGCAUCCAAAUCGCCUCGUUUAGAACUGGGCGAUGACGAUGACGGACUGGUUAUACCUGACGCUGGUUUAGGCGAACGAAGUGUUGCCCCUGAUGGCACCAUUCUCGAAAUUCCUGCGGAUGAGACGGUCAUCCAACACGACGAGGACGAUAUUCAUCAACCCCGCGAAGGAAGCCCGAUGCCGGCGUUUGACGAGACAACGGCUCCCAUAGUACAUCCCGCUGACAGUGGUCCGGUCUCUAUGGGCACGAAGCAUGCGGUUCACGUUCUUCGAGAUCUAUUCGGCGAUGAAGCGGCUACUAGUGACGAGAAGAGGAAGAAGUCGGUGGUAUUCCAGGACCUCCUGCCCGAAGGGAGAACUACCAAAGCAGAUGCCACCAAGAUGUUCUUCGAAUGUUUAGUACUUGCGACCAAGGAUGCUAUCAAGGUGGAGCAGAAGGAGGGUACUCUUGGUGGUCCUAUCAGAGUCCGAGGAAAGCGUGGUCUCUGGGGUGCUUGGGCUGAGACAGAAGCCGGCGGUGAGAUUGCCAACCAAGAACAAGCGCAACAAUCUGAUCAACCCGAACCUGCCAUUGCAACUCCUUCUCGAGUGGUAGCUGCGGCGGCAUAACUGUCUAUUGCUGGGUUUACUGCUGGGUAAUUGGAUGAUUGCAACGGCAAGAUGAAGUAAUGGUUCAUGUAUAAACUUCUCUGCACUUGAUGGAUAUUCCCGAGGGUUCUGAUCACAUGGUCUAAUGGCGUCACGGAGUACUGGGGUACGGAAGGCAGGGAGAUACCAUCAGCUGCGGGUAUAUUGGUCGUCAAAAUCAUGAUGGGGUGUUCUUUUCUUUUCCUUUCUUUUUCAGCUCGGUCAAGACAGGGUAAUUGCAUUCGUGUCGUCAUCUAGGGUUAAGAUGAUAGUUGGGGAGCAGAAGCUAGCAUGGAGUGGCAUUGCGACGUGAUAAUACAUCGUGCGAGCCUGUUCUCGGAAGAAUUCGUAAAAUACAAUUCACAACAGGAUUUGGUUCA